AUGAAAAUGAAUCUCCCGAGCCUGACUUAUGUGAUAGAUUGCGCUAGCUGGAAUGGUUUCUACUCACUCUUUGGGGCCCCAUGUGGAAAUACGCAAUACACGAAUGGUGUAGAAUCCUUAAGAAAGCCGAGUGCUAAAGUAGGAUUAAGCAUCAAUCACGGUGGGAAAAUUAAGCCAGCUUUGUUCUCUGGUGAACACGACUUUCGCCUUCAUUCAACAGGCUUUAAUGACACAAGCAACAUUCUUAUCAAUGAUGCACUGAAUGGAGUUGAAGUACAAUCCGACUCUGUGGUAUUAGGAACACUCUCGGCUGAUGUGAGCCCCAUCACGAGUGGCUUUCCUGCUGAAAAUGACGAAUUCGACCUCGACCAGCCCUCCGAAGGCUUCUCUUCCAUUGCAGAGGCUAUUGAAGACAUUCGACAUGGAAAGAUGGUCGUGGUUGUAGACGAUGAGGAUAGAGAAAAUGAAGGGGACUUAAUAAUGGCAGCCUCGAAAGUUACGCCAGAGGCUAUGGCUUUCUUUGUGAAGCACGGGACUGGAAUAGUUUGUGUGAGCAUGAAAGAGGAAGCUUUAGAGAGGCUGCAACUGCCUUUAAUGGUAAACCAUCGGGAGAAUGAGGAGAAGCUUCGUACUGCCUUCACUGUUUCAGUGGAUGCGAAAGAGGGUACAACUACAGGUGUCUCGGCACAGGACAGGGCCACUACAAUAUUGGGCCUUGCAUCAAAAGAUUCAAAGCCCGAGGAUUUUAAUCGGCCCGGACACAUAUUCCCGCUUAAGUACAGAGAUGGUGGUGUUCUGAAAAGAGCCGGGCACACAGAAGCUGCUGUGGAUCUUGCCAUGCUGGCUGGAUUAGGUGAUGCUGGCGUUUUGUGCGAGAUUGUUGAUGAUGAUGGCUCCAUGGCUCGAUUGCCUGCGCUUAGGGAAUUCGUGAAGCGGGAAAAAUUGAAAAUCAUAUCUAUUGCCGACCUAAUAAGAUAUAGAAGAAAGAGAGAUAGAUUAGUGGAAAAUGCAUCUGCCGCACGUAUACCAACUGCAUGGGGUCCGUUUACAGCCUAUUGUUAUCGGUCGAUCUUGGACGGGAUCGAGCAUAUCGCAAUGGUUAAAGGUGAUAUUGGUGAUGGAGAAGACAUUCUGGUGAGGGUGCACUCGGAAUGCCUCACGGGGGACAUAUUUGGGUCCGCCAGAUGCGACUGCGGGAACCAGCUGGCGCUCGCGAUGCAGCAGAUCGAAGCUGCUGGCAGGGGCGUUUUAGUCUAUUUACGCGGGCAUGAGGGAAGGGGGAUCGGUUUGGGCCACAAGCUACGGGCCUACAAUCUGCAGGACAAUGGGCGGGACACUGUGGAGGCAAACGAGGAGUUGGGCCUGCCCGUCGAUUCAAGAGAGUAUGGUAUUGGUGCACAGAUACUGAGAGACCUUGGGGUUAGAACCAUGAAACUGAUGACCAACAAUCCUGCAAAGUAUGUCGGGCUCAAGGGUUACGGGCUGGCUGUUUCGGGCCGGGUCCCACUCGUGACCCCCAUUACAAAGGACAACAAGAGAUAUUUGGAGACUAAACGGGCCAAAAUGGGCCACAUUUAUGGUCUGGAUUCAAACGGCAAUCCGGCCCUCAUCAACAACAAGAAUGCAAACUGUAGCUGAUUCGUAAAACCUAAGUUGGAUUAAUAAUAAUAAUAACAAGAAACUUGUUGGACUAAUUUUUAUUCCCUGAUUGUUGUAGAAUCAUAAAGUGUUGGUUUGGUUUUCUUUUUAAUUUUAUUUUAUUUUAUUUUCUUCCUUGAUUUGUAUACGGCCCAUACGUUGAUAAUUAGUGUUGGAACUUGGAAGGAUUCAUAGUUAAAAAGGCCCGGGCAUGGCUCACAAUUAUUGACAUUUGAUUUGGUAUUUUGUCUUUUAUUUGUCUGGUUUUUGUUGUAGAGGAACAAUUUUGAAUUUGAACAAUGUUCUUAUGUUGGUUUUUUAUGAAUUUUUCUUAUGAAUUCCGUUA